AUGGUUCAAGAGACAAAUCAGCCAGAAGAGCCUGUACUCUGUGCCAUGGGCUGUGGGUGCUAUGGGAGCCCUCGGACCAAUGCUAUGUGCUCAGUGUGCUACACAGCUUUCAUUCAAAGUCAGAGCUGUGACACCAGAGUUGAGCCAUGUCCAGAGCUGUCGGGCAUCCGUGUAGGGGAGUCUCCACCGGCCCCAUGCUCGGAGAGCAGCACUCCCAUGGUGUCGCUGGCAUUGUCCCAGACCGCUGCCACCGUGGCUGAUGAGAGCAGUCAGACACCAGCAUUGCAGAAGCACUCUGUGGAUGAUCACUUGACAAGGCACAAAGGAGGGGAAGAACCACAAGCCUCGGUGCUGGACGCCUUGGCUGAUGGACAGGAGCGCUCAACCAAGUUCAAACAGAAGAAGACCCGCUGCUUCACCUGCCACAAGAAAGUGGGUCUCACAGGUUUCAGCUGCAGGUGCGGGAACAUAUUUUGCAGCAUUCACCGAUACUCAGAUAUGCACAGCUGCACCUUCGACUACAAGGCCGCUGCAGCUGAGAAGAUCCGCAAGGAGAACCCUUUGGUGGUCGCUCCAAAAAUCCACAAAAUCUGA